AUGGGUUCUGAUAAGAAGAUCAAGAUCGGAAUCAACGGGUUUGGAAGGAUCGGUCGUUUGGUUGCUAGAGUUGCUCUGCAGAGAGACGAUGUUGAGCUUGUUGCUAUUAACGAUCCCUUCAUCACCACUGACUACAUGACAUAUAUGUUCAAGUAUGACACUGUUCAUGGCCAGUGGAAGCAUCAUGAGCUUAAGGUCAAAGACGAGAAGACCCUUCUCUUUGGUGAGAAAUCGGUCACAGUCUUUGGCAUCAGGAACCCAGAGGAGAUCCCAUGGGGUGAAACCGGUGCUGAAUUUGUUGUGGAGUCUACUGGAGUCUUUACAGACAAGGACAAGGCUGCUGCCCAUUUGAAGGGGUACCCUGAUUUGAUUUUCUUUGCUAGAUAUGGUGGUUGA